CGGAGUGAGGGUGGGAGGCUACUGUCGCACCUCUCGAAAUCAAGUAUCUGCCAAGCCAUGCGACAUCAGGUCGCUGUGCUGGUAGCAGUCGCCUUGCUAGUGGCUACUUCGACAGCUACGGGGUCGAACAUCAUGACAGAUACUCUGUCGUUCGAACGUCGACUCGAUAUUCCCACCAAAACGAACUCCAGGUCUCAUGAAACCCUCGAGGAUACGGCCGAAGACGAACAAGAAGGGAGAGGCGUUCUUCCCACGACUGUGGAGUCGGUCGCAGCCUCAUUAAAAAUCACCACUGAACAACUACAGUCUUGGCUCAAGGGCGGAAGUAAAUCAACUGAUGACGUUUUCAAGGCAUUGACACUUGACAGUGCAGCCGACGCCGCCAUAGCCAACCCGCAGCUGCAGACUUGGAUCAGCUACAUGAAGCUCUUCAACAAGGAGAAUCCAAAGCAGCAAACGAGUUUGGUUACGACUCUCGCUUCACAUUUCAAGUACCAUGAUCUGGCCAAGGCCAUUGAAGCUGCCAAGGCUGUUCCACAGACUGCCAAGUUUGCCAAAUGCCUUGAAUUCGAGCUGAUUCAACGCUGGUUGGCUCAAGAGAAAAACCCCGACGAAAUCUUUCAGCUGCUGAAACUUGAUAUCAUGAGAUAUGAUCUGUUUGAAAAACCUGAAUUGUUCACCUGGGUGAAAUACAUGGACGAUUUCAACGAAAUGUACCCUGAAAAGAAGACAAGUUUGUUUGCGAGAUUGUCGCGGCUUAUCCCCGACGAAAGUGCCUUGGUAGACAUGCUGAUCAAGGCGAAGAGCAUUGCGAGUACAGAGAAACUUGCGCUGCGAGUACAAGAAGAACAGACCAAGUUCUGGCUGCAGAAUGGGAAAACCCCGGAAGACUUGUUUACUCUGUUAAGACUGGACAAAGCUGACGGCAGUCUUCUUGAGAACCCGAUCUUCGACGCCUGGAUUAAGUAUGCGGAUGAUUUCCGUGAGAUGUACCCCAAGAUAAGUUUGGAUCCCAUUGCGACAAUCGACGAUUAUUACUCGAUUCCAAAGGUGGCAACGAUGAUUGUGGAAGCAACAGUUUCCCCAAGUACCUCCAAGAUCGCGUACAGAUUAAACACGGAGCAGUAUCGGGACUGGCUUAAUAGAUUUCAUCCAGCGGAAGUUUUCAUGAAGCUUGAGUUGGACAGAGCUGGAAAAAACUUAUUUCGGAGCCCACUCCUUGUCACUUGGCUGAAGUACGUUAGCUUUUACAGCAAAAAGAGGGGGAAGGUCAGUGCGACAUCGCUUCUGAAACAACGCUUUGGCAAACAACAACUUGACAAAAUGCUGCAAGAGGCACAGAAGGUCCCAGCUACGGAAAAGAUUGCUUCGGGAUUACUUAAUUCACUGCAUCACCGUUCGGCGAAAUAGUCUAAGAGCAGGGGGUAGUAAAAAAAAAAAUGUAGGGGGCUCCUGCUAGAACGUUAAUGGUACAUUAAGUACCGAAAAUGUAUGCGGAUCAUCAACCAUUGAAGGUGAUGACAGCAUGGGAUUAUUCAAUAGAUCAAAGUUCAAGCAUGGGCGU